AUGUCUCGUCAUACCAAGACUGUCGUGCAGUCUGCCAUCCUCAAGUCUGCCGCCAACCUCACGGCACAGCUCUUCCGCUACUCGACCAAUCCCACAGCUCCACCGUUGGACUGGAACGCAGUGUUUGAAUUCGCUAUCUUUGGCCUAAUUCAGGCGCAGGUGAAUUGUCAUUGGCAGGAGUUCUUAGAAGAUUCAUUUCCGUCGUACUCGACCUUCGCCAAGCCAGCGGACCAGACAACUGCGCCUAAGAAGAUCAUCCAGUGGCGGAACAUUAUCUACAAAAUCCUUCUCGAUCAGACAAUCGGGUUAUUCUUAAUGAACACAAUCUUUUUAGUUUGCACGAAUUUCAAGCAGUCCGGGAAUGCGUCCGUGCUGGUGGCCGAAGUCAACCGGAAGAUCUGGCCCCUGAUCGUGAACGCUUGGAAAGUCUGGCCGGCUUGUUCUCUGUGCAAUUUCCUUUGGGUUCCAGUGGAGUCUCGAGUUCUGGUCGCCUCGUGUGUGGGAUUCGGCUGGAAUAUCUUUCUAGCGUUUUUUACGAUGGUCAAGUAA